GUGUGAUAGAGUAGCAGAUGGUUCGUAUGAUUCGUGUAAUAAAGUAUUAAAUCAAAUCCUUUUUUCUUUUCUAGUUCUGUUUCUGAAUCAGAUGUUAACGGAGAUUUCUGACGGAAGUAUUUAAAGUUAGAUGAAAUUUUGGACGUCAUAAAACGUGCUGUUCUUUUGACACUUGAAGAUUUUUCUGUAUUGUGCAAAGCAUGCCUAAUAUAAAGCUACAGAGCUCUGAUGGAGAGAUUUUCGAGGUGGAUGUGGAGAUAGCAAAAGCGUCUGUCACUAUCAAAACUAUGCUGGAGGACCUUGGCAUGGAUGAUGAUGAGCAAGAAGUUGUACCACUUCCUAAUGUUAACUCCUCCAUCCUUAAGAAGGUGAUUCAGUGGGCCACUUAUCAUAUUGAUGACCCCCCACCACCUGAGGAUGACGAUUCCAAAGAGAAAAGAACCGAUGAUAUAAGUUCAUGGGAUGCUGAUUUCUUGAAAGUUGACCAGGGGACUUUGUUUGAGCUGAUUUUGGCUGCUAAUUAUUUGGAUAUAAAAGGUCUCCUGGAUGUGACUUGCAAGACAGUCGCAAACAUGAUCAAAGGCAAAACACCUGAAGAGAUCCGCAAAACAUUCAACAUCAAGAAUGACUUUACCCCUGCUGAGGAGGAACAAGUACGUAAAGAGAAUGAGUGGUGUGAAGAAAAAUAGUGUAGACACAUUUUGAACUGAUAAAUUAUUACCCCAGGAUGAUCUACAAUUCUUCAGUGUGAUAAUGACAAUGAGCAAUAUAUCUGCUUUGACUUUUAUCUUAAUGAGCAACUAACAUCUGGAUUGUUAACUUGAUAACAGCAGAUGUCUAUAUUGGAUUGGUAAUGAAUGAAAUUUGUAUGGUUGUAUUGAUGAAUGUUAUCUUGUAAUUGUAAACUAAAUAGAAUUUAUAAAAAGUAUGGAAAUAUA